UAAGAAACAAACAAUACAUAUUUAAACAUUUCAUUACACGUAUGAAAUGAAUAAAUAACUGCAGGUAUUAACGAUUUAGUUAACCAAUAAUGUAUAGAAGUUUAUUGUUUAAAUGGUUACCAUUAAAACACAUCAAAAAUGAAUGCAUAUCACAGCUGCCUGAAACUGCAUUUUCAUGUGACUUUAGAAACUGGAAAAGAUGUAUAUCAAUAUCUGGCAUUAGUUUAAAAAAAAGAAAAUCUGUAGAAGAAAGGGCUGUCGAGAAUCAAGGAAGAAGAGUGAUAAGAUAUUCACCCAAAGCAGGCUCUGAAGUGGUGGGGAUAUGGCGCAAUAUGACUGUACAGGAGAUAGCCAAUGUUCUCAACAAAGAUUUGGAUCAUGUGUUCAAAGCAUUAGAGUUUGCAGACAAGAAUUCAGAUGUAUCAUACAAAAAGAACACAGUCAUACACAACCCACAGAUAAUAAGAGACGUUGUCAAGAUAUCAGGAUGCAGAUUCAAAUUGGUUGCCAGACCAGAUGAGGAAGUGCAAGAGGAGGAGAACAAGGACGCAAUGCCAUCACCACCCGCACCUCCCGAGGCGCUGAGGCCACGACCGCCCGUGGUGUGUGUGAUGGGCCACGUAGACCAUGGCAAGACUACACUCCUUGACGCUCUGAGAGACACCUCCGUCGUGGACACUGAGUUUGGAGGCAUUACUCAGCACAUUGGCGCUUUUGAAGUGAAGCUGUCGUCCGGGGAGAAGGUAACGUUCCUAGAUACGCCCGGGCACGCGGCUUUCACCGCCAUGCGCUCGCGCGGCGCGCAAGCCACCGACAUCGUGGUGCUGGUGGUGGCAGCGGACGACGGUGUGAUGGAGCAGACGGUGGAGUCCAUUCGCAUGGCCAGGGAGGCGGACGUUCCUAUACUAGUGGCGAUCAACAAAAUCGACAAGCCAGGUGUUAACAUAGAGAAAACAAUGCGCUCCUUAGCCAAGCACGGGAUACUAUGCGAAGCUUUGGGCGGUGACGUGCAGGCGAUAACGGUGUCUGCGCUGAAGAAGUUACACCUGGACACCCUCGUGGAAGCCCUCAUCCUGCAGGCUCAGCUGAUGGACCUGAAAGCUGACCCGGGUGGCUACGUCGAGGGUGUUGUGAUAGAAGCACUGGUUGAUCCUCGGACUGGGAAGCAAGCCACUGUGUUGGUACAGCGCGGCACUUUGCGGAAGGGGUGCAUCAUUGUUGCGGGGACCGGAUGGGCCAAGGUCAGAGUGCUGAACACCGCAGAGGGGGUGUCGAUACAGGAAGCUCCCCCCUCCACUCCCGUGUCAGUACUGGGCUGGCGUGAAAUGCCUUCAGCUGGAGACCAGGUCCUGGAAGUGGACACCGAGAAGCGCGCCAACGAGGUGAUGCGUUGGCGCAACGUCCAAGCCAUGAAGGAGAAACAAGCGCUGGACUCCGCGGCCAUAUCCAGCAAGGAGCUGGAGCACCGCGCCCAGUACAGCCAGCAGCUGGCCCACAAGCGAGCGCUGGGCCGCUACCGGCUGCGGCCCGCUGGCCCGCGACAGAAGAUGAUCCAACAAGACACGCACCCCUCGCUCAGCGUGCUGGUCAAAGGUGACGUAGAUGGUUCCGUGGAAGCGAUCCUGGAUAUCCUGGAAACGUAUGAUGAAAACGACCAGGUCAGGUUGGAACUGGUCAGUUUUGGUGUCGGACCGAUCGCUCCCAGUGAUAUAGAGAUAGCGCAAGCAUUCAACGCAAUAGUAUAUGCCUUCAACGUGGACUGCCCGCCCGCGUUGGCCGUAGAGGCGAAGAACGCCAACGUUGCGAUCAAGCGGCACAAUGUCAUAUACAAAUUGGUGGACGACAUCAAACAGGAGAUUAGCGCUAAAAUACCCACCCGACAGGAGGAAGAAAUAGUCGGCGAAGCGAACGUCCUCCAGCAAUUCCAAGUGUCUGAGGGUAAGAAGAAGCUUCCAGUGGCGGGCUGUCGCUGCGUGAAGGGAUCUCUAGCGAGAAAUGCACUCUAUAGGAUCAUACGCAGACAGGAAGUCAUUUACGAAGGUAAGCUGGCCUCGAUGAAACACCUCAAGGAUGAAGUGACAACGAUAAAACGCGACAUGGAGUGCGGUCUCAGAUUCGACAACGCAGAUAUUAACGUCGAGCCCGGAGACACUGUCGUGUGCUACAAGAUGGUGGACGUCUCCGACACAACCGCUUGGGAUCCGGGAUUUUAGUUAGGUUGUGUAGUAAGCUUUAAAUUAAAUACAAAUAUGACCACUA